AUGAAGUCAAUUAUACAACACCCCGACUCUGUGAAGCUCCCUCCUCUCCUCCACAGCUUCUUACUACUACAGCUGGCGGCUCCACAUGCGCCGCGGCGCUCCGUAGCCUGCAGCGGGCACACCGGCUCCAGUCUGUAGGCAUGUCGGCCGGCGGCUCUGACGAGACGGCGGACCGGGCAGCAGAUCCUGCUGCAGAGGAAGAAGGGCCAAGUCAAGCCGGUCCCUCGCUGCCAGCUGCCGAGCUGCCAAGGAAACGAAAGGGAGAUGUGGAGGAGAGGCAAAGCCUUGACUUCCAAAUGGAUGACGACCUCAGCAGAUCUGAGGAGGAGGAUCAGCAAGUCAAAAUGAAAUGCUUCAGGGAGCCUCACCGCCAGAUUGAAAAGCGGCGGAGGGACAAAAUGAACAACCUCAUCGACGAGCUGUCUGCCAUGAUCCCUGCAUGUCAGCCCAUGGCUCGGAAACUUGACAAACUCACUGUGCUGCGGAAGGCUGUACAACAUCUGAAAGCCCUCAAAGCUGGGACAAGCAGCACCUUUACAGACACCACCUGCAAGCCUUCCAUCCUGCCCCAUGAAGACCUCAGGCACCUUCUGCUCAGGACUGCCGAUGGGUUCCUGUUAGUUGUAAGUUGUGACCGGGCGAAAAUCCUGUUCAUCUCAGAGUCUGUCUCCAAGAUCCUCAACUUUAAGCGGAUGGAUCUGACUGGGCAGAGCUUGUUCGAUUUCAUUCACCCCAAAGACAUCAACAAGGUGAAGGAACAGCUGUCAUCUUCUGACAUGUGCUCUCGCCAGCGUCUCAUUGAUGCAGCAACUGGGGUUCAGGUCCAGGUGGACGCCCCCGUCAGGACGUCCCACUUGUCCUCUGGAGCGCGUCGAUCCUUCUUCUGUCGCAUGAAGCACAGUCGAGUGACAGGGAAACACGAAGACAAACACUCACUACUCAGCACUUACAAAAAGAAAGACACGUACAGAUAUUGUACCCUCCACUGCACUGGAUACAUGCGCAGUUGGCCGAGCAGCCAACUGGACUCGGAGGGCGACGCUGACAAGGAAACCUCAAGCUUGACCUGCCUGGUGACGGUGUGUCGCCUCAAUCCCCACGUGUCCCAACAGCCUUCCAAAGAAAUCAACGUGAAGCCCACCAAGUUUAUCACCCGCUAUGCGAUCGACGGCAAGUUCACUUUUGUUGAUCAACAAGCCACAACAGUCAUCGGUUAUCUGCCACAAGAACUUCUUGGCACGUCAUGUUAUGAAUACUUCCACCAGGAUGACCUGCAGCACCUCGCAGAGAAGCACAGGCAAGUUCUUCGAAGCAAAGAGAAGAUUGAGACGAAGUGCUACAAGUUCAAAACAAAAUAUGGCUCCUAUGUUUCACUCCAAAGUCAGUGGUUUAGUUUCACAAAUCCAUGGACCAAAGAAGUUGACUUUAUCGUGUCUUCAAACAAGGUUAUCUUGGGGCCUGGUCAUACAAAAGAUGACGAGGGGGCAAGCAGCUCUAAAACUCUUCAGGAAGACGCAAAGCAAAUACCUGUGAUUCCCGGCCUCUCCAGCGGUGUGGGCACUAUGAUCUAUGCAGGCAGCAUAGGGACCCAAAUAGCAAAUGAGCUCAUUGACUCCUACAGAGUGAACUCGUCUCCAUCAAGUGGAGCUUCCAGUCCGUUCGGUCCGGUGCUGGAGAAAUGUCCACUGAUUUCCCCACAAACCAGCAGGAGUGCGUCCAGCAGAGAGGAGGCAGCAGGCACUUCAUCAGAGUCCCAGUCUGAGUCGAGGACAGCAGCGGGCGCUAGCAGCGCAACUUCUGAAAGUACAGAUGAGCCGUCCCAGCUGGACUUGGACAACAUAGUGGUUCCAGGCCUGAGCAGCUUCAGCAGCGACGAAGCAGCCUUAGCGGUCAUCAUGAGCUUGCUGGAGACUGAUGCGAACAUGGGUCAAUCGGGGGACUUUGAGGACUUACACUGGCCUUUCUAGAGGGUGCUCAGACUUUCAGCUCCUCUCACAUGCUUUUGUGCCGUUUCUUGCCCUUUGCCAAGAACUUGGCCUUUCAGUUAAUAUUGAUCUGGCUGAUGACUGACCUGGCCUUGCACAACUGAACCCACUGGACUUGUACCAAAGGCAGCAACAUGUCAUACUUGAGGAUAGAAGUUUAGGUUUAUAGGAAAUGUUGUGACUGUGAUUACUUUGUUGGUCCCUUUGGUCUUGCUUGAAGGAAAGGGAGGUUCAAGUGCCCCUGGAGCUUGUGGUGAUUCAGAGUGUUCCUCAGCAUCCUCAAGGGGGCUUAGACCAAGACUUUCCACAGCAGAGCGAUCUAUUUGCUCUGCUGCCCUCAGUGACCAACGUCUGGAGGAGAAAGGAACUCCUGCCAUGUGCAGUGCUGCUAGAGAAAUUCCUCAAACCUUUGACUUUUGCGUAACCUUCGGUACACCGUGAUGACCGACAUGUUUUUCAUAACAUGGUCUGAUUGUUCCAUUUUUAUCAUUUUUUUUUUUUUUUUUAAACUGUUUUUUAAAGAUCCCUAGCAGACACCGUUUCGGUAAAAUACUCUGAGUAAUGUUUUGUCAAGUUGUGUCCAGUAAGUGCUGAGGAAAGUUAAACAAGAAUGCUACCCUUUAUCCCCUUAAUUGAGAAUUGCAGAUAAAUAUGCGAAUAUGGUGGUGCCUCUAGCUUAGCACCACCACUACCGGUCCAUGUUACAUUCCAUAAUGGACUUUUUAAACACAAACCACUUGGGGUGGGGAAGAAACUGAGUCACAUAGGAAUGGAGAUUUUUACUGUUAAUUCUUAGUCUUACCUGAAAAUUUGAAUUGGCUUGCAAAUGCUAAAAAUGCAUUAAAAUGACAUAACAAAGGACUAACAAACAAAGAGGCUAAACUCAACCUGGAGGACACAGUGCAAACAUACUAGAAAUAUUUGUGGCACAAUUUGAAUUUAAAGCUGGGAUAGGCAUCAACUUAAACAAGCAAAAACACACCAGAUUUUCAAAAUGCAACCCUCCGCCUGCAGCACAUUCAUAUACAUGUGCUUCAUACACAGGGAGCACACAAACAUGACACUAAACUAACCAUAGUUGUGAGUCUUUGGUAACACAACUUAACCAACCACUACAACACAUUUAGAUGUUAUAGCAAAGUGAAGAAAUCAGUAUAUAGAGGAUGCAACUCCAGUUCUAUGAGUACAUUUUGCUGAUACUGAUGUUUUAUUGCAUUUAAUGUCUCUAUUAGACUCUCUUAUGAAGAAGUCCAUCUUCCUUUUUUGGGUUGCCUGCACUGUCAAUGUUGGAAAAACAACUUUUCCUGCAGGAUUUUGCAGAACAGCAAACAGGAAGUCCCUCUCUCUGGGAUAAAUUUUCUAGAGUCUGAAAACAGAGGCAGGAGGAGGUGCAGAAAUCUACGUUCCUCUCAGAUCACUUGAAUUACAACCUGCUGAAAGGUUUUUAGGGAAAAUUACUACCUACCCUGGCUUUAAUGACCUAACAAUUAGCUUUGCAAAUUGAGGUGUUUCACAGCGAUGACCUCUAACACACCAACAGUCUGCACUUCUUCUUGGCUUUACACUUUGACUAAAUGGCCUGCUUGAUUUCAAAAACCCAGCCCCUGUAAAGAAUAACAGUGGCUCUCCCAGGUACUAGCAUUGCAGCUGAGUGGCUCUUCUCCACUUCUUGAGACACACUUAAAGCGGACAAUGCACAAUUAAUCAAGAACUGAUCUGUGAUGCCAAGAAUGACCUGGAGAUUUGCCAAAGAGUCCCACACCUAUAAGUCAGAAGUACUGUAUUUAGAAGAAGUAAGACUGAUUUGAAUCACCUAUGAUCAGAAAUGAUUCAAAAAGCUAAUCUGACUUCUCUUCUAAUGAGCUGGACGAGGUCUUUUCAUGCACUUUGACGCUGACUCAUCAUAUGAUUAGACCACAUAAGCAAAGCUGAGUCUAUCAAUAUGAUCUGGGUGAUUGCACAGUUAGAAGAGAUUAUUAAAGAAUUCUCAAAGCGUUUAAAUUUUCAUCUGGCACCACCACAAUACAAUUUUAAAUUUUACUAGCAAACAAGAAGAACCCUUUUCAAAUUUUACUAGCAAACAAGAAGAACCCUUUAUGUCAGGACUGUUUUUUUAAUGAAAUAAAUACUUGAAUAUGUACUCCUGUUUACAGUAAUGGUCCAUGGAUAAAUAGGAGGUGUGUCAUUUGGGCUUGUUACACAAAGGCAAAUGAAUUGUUUUGGACCAUCAAGUUUCUUAUUACAUAGAAGGAAGCUGACAAUAAACAGGUUAACCACCCAAAGCAACCUUCAAUGAAAAGUUUUGGGUAUACAUUGUAUAUUUCAAGUUUUUAAUCAGGGAAGCCACAAUUCCAUAGGUUGCAGUGUCACAUUAUGGACAUGUAUUUAUAUUGAAAUGUAGGAAAAAAAUCUCCAUUAGAGUAACGUGAUGACAGCCCUCAAAGAAAUGAAAUAGAGGGGUUUCAUGGAUUAUUUAAACAAUCAUUUGUAAAGGGUCUGUUUUACCGUUGAAUGUGCACUAAAGGAUACUGUGUUCACAUAUCACGUACUUGCUGAACUCCAGACGGUUCCAGCCUGGAUGCUAAACUCCUGGGAUAAAAUGGAAGGUCCACCAUUGAGGGGAGAAUGUUUUCCAGUGUUAACAAGGGACAAGACAGCAUUGUAUUGCUGCUGUGUUGUCUUAAAUCGCCUUCCUGUCACCCCAAAAUAGUGUUUGAAGAGCCUAUAGCUGCACAGAAGGUAGCUAUAUUAUUUGUGUUACCAGGGAGACAAUUAUGUUGUAGUCUCUGUCUCUGAAUGUCCACUUACCACAACAGCCUAAAGAAAACUCCACCUCGAAGCAUCUCAGACAUAUUUUAAAAACAUCUCUUCUGGAUUUUAUCAGUGGAAAGGCGGUUCAGAGAGAUCCUUUAAAAAUCAGAAUGCAAUGCAGCCACAUGACAGGUUGAACUGUGCAGUAGACUGAUAUUUACAGUGUCAGAGGAUGUGAAGGUGGGUUUUAGUUUACUGAGUGACUAUCUUCAAUACAGCACAUGUAGACUCUGGUUAUAUCACUGGUUCCUCAAAUCUUGAAAGUAUAAUGUGAUUGCAUUGCCUUGAACCCAUGUUGUUUCUGACAAAGUUCUAUUUUAAGUUAACAGUUAUGCACUUGUUUUGGCUUUAAAAGCAAAACUGACAUUAUUUGCCAUUGCCAUCUGUGCCAUUUCAAAUGGACACUAAUGCAUAUUUAACAUGACCUGCUAUCAAAAGACAAAAUGUCUGAUAUUUGUAUGUGAUAACUGUUGAUGUAUCUGCUGUAAUGAGGAACGGUGGCUGAAGUCUUUGACAGUAAAAUUUUUUUUUUCAGAAAUUGGCUAAAGUUCUUUUUGUC